AUGGCCCACGUGCCUGGUCAGACCAUUUCUUUGGGUCGAGAGUGUAAUCCGACAGCACCUGAUGAGCGUGCUGUCGAACAAUCCAUUCCUAUGGUCGGAUGCGACUCUGGAACGGGGAUGUUGACCACGGGGACAAUCGAUGGGUUGUCAGUGGAGAUGCUGGUAGAUACUAGAGCGGCUGUAAGCUUAGUAUCUGCGGAUCUAGCCAGGAAGCUGGGCUACGAUCCGGAUCGACUCACGGCGGAUGCGCCUGGGUUGAAGUUUUGUGGGGCAGAUGGUAAGCCUCUGGUGGUGAAUGGAAAAGUGGUUGUUCACCUUGGCGUUCAAGGAUGUGUUUGUUCGCCGGAAAUGCGGGUAGUCGAUGGGCUACGAUUUCCAUGUGUGCUGGGACGUGAUGUGCUGUCCAGCAUUCCCUGUAACAUAACCUCUGCGAAUGGCAAGCUAUGUUUCAAGGUCGAAGAAAGGCGAGGGGGUGGUGCAGAUGAGGCUCCGCUCCGCUUGCAGGAGAAGAUUGUUCUCCCACCACACCACGAGAUGACCGUGGCGGCUGUGGUGGACACUCUUGCAUUCGAUGGGAUGCCAGAGUUGGGGCUCACGGAACCAGAUUGUGGGACUGCGAGCGACCCUGGUCUCUUGGUGGCAAAGUGUGUUGUGCGGCCACAAGAGAAUCGUGUUCCCGUGCGAUUGAUGAAUUGCACGGCGGAACAAAUCACUCUGCCCAAGAGAGCCCAGAUUGGCAAGCUGUGUGCAGUUGCAACUGUGGUGGACGGUAGUGAAGAGUUGGACGAGGCGAAUGACUGGUGUAGCUACGGGGCUAACCAGAAUUUGUGGUCUGUACUGCGAGUGGGGAACCCCGAUGGUGGUCCCGGCGCAGGGAAGCGCUCUCCAGGCGGGAAGAGGCUGCUUGAAACCGGUGGUGGUGAUGACGAUGGUCGGUCACACCAUUGUGCGAUGAGGGAUGAUGAGGCAGUACACGAGGCCGACGUUGACGAGCGUGGUCGUGGUACGAUGCCUGAUGGCUGUUGCUCUCAGGAGGGUAACCGGGAGGCAUGCUCCCCACCUGAUACAGGCAACAGCGAGCAGCCUGUGGUUGAGGCCGAGCAGUUGGCUAGGCUCAGAACCUUGGUCGAGCAGUACAGAUGUGUAUUCGCUAUGAACAUGUCCGAGCUGGGUCGGACAGACGUGUUGAAACACGAGAUUAGGACUAGCUGUGAUGGUCCAGUUUAUGAGCCCGCAAGGAGAUUGCCUUGGAGCUCGCGAGAAACAUGUCGGAAGUUGGUUGACAACAUGCUUGAACAGGGUGUGAUCGAAGAAUCGGUCAGUCCAUGGUCUUCACCAGUUGUGUUGGUGCGGAAGAAGGACGGAUCGACGAGGUUCUGUGUUGAUUAUCGGAGAGUCAAUGCAAUAACCGUGAAAGAUCCAUACCCACUCCCGCGUAUUGAUGAUACGUUGGACGCGUUGGGCGGUGCGAUGUACUUCUCGACGCUUGAUCUGUGCUCUGGGUAUCAUCAGAUGCCAAUGGACGAGGCAGACAAGGCCAAGACGGCAUUUUCCACGCCUGAUGGGCACUAUGAGUUCAAUGUGAUGCCAUUUGGUGUGUGCAAUGGCCCGAGCUCAUUUCAACGGCUGAUGAGUGCCGUUUUGCGAGGUUUGCAGUGGCAGAUGUGCCUGGUAUACCUCGAUGAUAUUAUCGUGUUCUCAAAGACGUUUGACGAACACUUGGAACGACUGGAAGCAGUGUUCCAAAGACUACUGGAGGCUGGUCUUCGGUUGAAACCCUCGAAAUGUCAUCUGUUGAGGACAGAAGUCAAUUUCUUGGGUCAUGUUGUCACGAAGGAUGCAGGGCCGGCGGAACCGGAUUAUGCAUCCAUUUCUCGGCCGCUGGUGAAGCUGACGAGGCAAAAUCAGAGGUUUUCAUGGGAUGGCGAGUGUGAGAUCGCAUUCCAAUUGCUGAAACAGAAGAUGUCUUCAGCACCCACGUUGGCGUAUCCGAGGUUUGAGACCGAUGCGCCCCCAUUUGUAGUCGAUGUGGACGCAAGUGGCCAUGGUUUGGGAGCUGUGUUGUCCCAGACCGACGCAGAUGGUCGGGAGCGACCUAUUGCGUAUGCAAGCAGAGGGUUGAACUCUGCCGAGAGGAAUUAUGGCUCAACGAAGAGUGAACUCCUCGGACUAGUGUGGGCAUUUAGGCAUUUCAGAUGCUAUUUGCUUGGUCGAAGGUUUGUCGUGCGCACAGACCAUCAAGCACUAAAAUACCUGAACCGUUUCAAAGAACCAAGUGCGAUCGUGGCGCGGUGGCUUGAGUUUCUGAGUGAUUUCGAUUACGAGGUGCGUUAUCGGAAAGGUAAAGUCCAUGCCAAUGCUGAUGGCUUGUCUCGACAAGUGCAGGAUCAGAGGUGUGGCACCACAGUCCCUGAUGAGGUGAUUGCUGUGGUAUCAGACGAAAGGAGCUCAGUGGCGAAUGCUGAGUCGGUCCAGAGUGACCUUCCUACGCCCUUUGUGCGGCGACGAAACUGGACAUCAGCUGAUUGGGCUGAUGUUCAGCAACGUGAUCAUGAAUUGACACGGCUGAACUUGUUGUAUUGGGAUUCUGAUGAGGAUGCCCAGCAUGAGACGUAUGGCGGCGUGGACGGUGUUGGCGGCCAACCAGUUGUGCAGAUCCCGCUACCAGUCAACCAACCACCGCCACAACCAGCCCAGAUUGCGGUUCAGACUCGAGCUGGGAGGACCGUCCGGCCACCGCAGUAUUUUGGAAUGCAAACCCAGUUGAGAAGACGACGGUAA